AUGGCUCCGAAGGAUUCGAGCAGCGGAACUAAAAACCGCAAGUCAGAGAAGAAAGAUGAAUAUCUCUCGGAAGAAGACUUGGCAUUGAAGGAACAACUUGAGCUGUAUGUGAAGAUGGUACAGGACUCCGAUCCGAAAUUGCAGAAAGAUGCACUAGAGAGGUUGAGGCAAGAAACUCGUACCGUGACUAGCUCUAUGACUUCUAUUCAAAAAGUGUUAAAGUUCUUGCGUCCUCAUUACCGAGUGUUACAAGCAUAUUAUGGAGAUAUUGAAGAUUCAAAUUUACAGAAUAAUGGUGAACUAAUUGAUAAUGAUCUGCUGAAGUUAGUAGAGCAAAUUGUCGUCUUCUAUAUGAAGCAAAAUGCGGAACAUGAGGCAGUAGAUCUUAUAAUGGAGGCUGAAGACUAUGAUAUGUUAGUGGAGCAUGUGGAUGAUGUGAAUUACAAGAGGGCAUGCCUGUACCUUACUAGUUUGGCAAAAUAUCAUCAAGAGAGCAGUCUCAUUCUGGAUUUUGCAUACAGAAUUUAUAUGAAUUUUGAAGAUUUUCACAGAGCACUGCAGAUUGCUUUGCACCUUAACGAGAUGCAGUAUGUUAAGGAGGUUUUUACAUCUUGUAAUGAUCUUCUGAAGAAGCAACAGUUCUGCUACAUCCUUGCUCGCCAUGGUGUUACUUUUGAAAUUGAUGAUGAAAUAUGUGAAGAAGACGAAGAAAUGGAGAGUCUGCAACAAAUUAUUAACAAUGCUAAAUUGAGUGAAGGUUUUCUUACACUUGCUCGUGAUAUAGAGGUCAUGGAGCCCAAAUCUCCUGAAGAUAUUUACAAGUACCAUUUACUUGAUGGGCGAGCUAGAGACAGGAAAUUUGUUGAUUCUGGCAGAGAGAAAUUGGCAGCAACAUUUGUCAAUGCAUUUGUAAAUGCUGGCUUUGGUCAGGAUAAGCUGAUGAUAGGUCCAGUGGAAGCAUCAAGUGGUGGUUCUGCUACAAGCUGGGUUUUAGAAAACAAAGAACAUGGACAGGCUAGUGCUACAGCAAGUCUGGGUAUGAUUUUGCUUUGGGAUGUUGAUUAUGGACUCGCUCAAAUUGACAAGUACAUACGUAGUACCAACACUCACAUCAUUGCGGGUGCAUUGCUAGGAGUUGGGAUUCUGAAUUGCAGAGUCAACAAGAAUUGCUAUAUUUUAUCUGAUUAUGUACACGAUAAGGAGUCUUCUAUUAGAAUAGGUGCAAUAAUGGGCUUAGGCAUUGCGUAUGCAGGAUCUCAAGAUGAGCAAAUCAGCAGUAUAUUAAAUUCUAUACUUGAAGAUUCUAAGGAAUCUUUAGAUGUCAUUGCCUUCUCCGCAGUCUCUCUUGGCCUGGUCCAUGUGGGUUCCUGCAGUGAAUAUUUUGCCGAAACAAUUACUUUAACAUUAAAGACACGAAAUGCAUCAGAACUGGGGGAGCCCCUCUUUCGUCUCUUGCCUCUGGGUCUUGGUCUUCUGUAUCUUGGGAAGCAGGACAACGUGAAUACUAGAGCUACUACGCUUUUAGAGACAUUUAAUGAAAAAAUUGGAAAAUAUUGUUACAUGACCCUGAUCUCCUGUGCCUAUGCUGGAACCGGGGAUGCUCUCAAGGUGCAAAAAUUCCUUCAUGCGUGUGAACAUCUUAAAAACGGUGAAAAGUACCAGGGGCCCGCUGUACUUGGUAUUGCUAUGGUAGCAAUGGCUGAGGAACUGGGCCUUGAGAUGGCUAUUCGUUCGCUAGAGCAUCUUUUGCAGUAUGGCAAUCACAACAUUAGAACCGCGGUUCCAUUGGCCCUAGGUCUUCUUUGUAUAUCUAAUCCAAAGGUUAAAGUCAUAGACACAUUAAGAAGGCUCAGCAAAGAUAGAGAUACAGGAGUUGCAAUGGCUGCCGUCAUUGCUUUGGGUUUGAUAGGUGCCGGAACCAACAAUGCAAAAAUAGCUGGCUGGCUUCGGAAUCUAUCAACCUCUUACGCCCUAUUUCCCAGCCUUCUUUUCUGCGUGCGUAUUGCUCAAGGGCUUGUCUAUCUUGGAAAAGGCUUGUUGACACUCUCUCCAUAUCAUUCUGAAAGAUUUUUGUUAUCCCCGACUGCAUUGGCUGGACUCGUAAUUUUGCUGCAUGCAUGUCUUGAUUUGGGAGAUACCAUUUUGUGGAAGUGCCCCUGUGUUCUCUACUUCCUUGUUCUUGCAAUACAGCCAAGGAUGUUGAUGACGGUGGAUGAAAACCUAAAACCUCUAUCAGUACCUGUUCGUGUGGGUCAAGCUGUUGAUGUAGUUGGUCAAGCAGGAUGUCCCAAGACAAUUACUGGUUUCCGCACCCUUCCAACUCCUGUUAUUCUGUCAGCUGGUGAAAGAGCAGAGCUUGCAACUGAGAGGCAAGAAAUAUUCCCUAUGAAAUGUUCUGUCCAUUGCUACUUACUUGUAUAUAAUGAAUGCACGCUAAUUCUAAUAUUGGUGUGCAGAUAUGUUCCUUUAUCGCCCAUACUCGAGGGCUUUGUCAUCUUAAAAGAGAAUCCAGACUACAGAGAUGAUCAUUGA